AUGAGAACGCCCAGGAAGAAAAUAACGUUCAAGACGCCGAGAAAAGGCACCAAGACGCCUGUAAAGGACGGGUAUGUCUCUGACAGCAAGGAGAACAAGACCCCGAAGAUAGAGAGUAAAGAGGAGCAGAAGAGCCCUGACUCUGCAUCCAGAUACAAACAAAUUCUUGUUGAGAUGAAGAUGAAGGAGGAGGACUUGAUAGAGAGCUACAAGAAGGAGAACGAGUAUCUGAGGUCUCUGAAGACGGAUGCCCUGCUCUACAAGAAGUUUGUUGGGUUUGACAUAGUUGAGAACAACGGGUGCUACGAAGUAACCCAUGAGAUUGUAUCGAACAAUAUCACCAAGUUCAUCAAGUUCAUCUUGACGCCAGAGGACAGUUCGUACAUCUACAAACUUGUUGAGUCCAGAAACGUCGAGCUUCCAGACUUUCUGAGUGAGGAGAUAACAUUUGACGAGUGCCAGAUAAAGACCUUCUUUUUUAAGGUGAUGGAGGCAGUCAUUACAAAGAAGAGCUGA